AUGCGUAAUACCUCUGAACAUGUUAAAGCUAUCCAGGCUGGCAAUUGUCCUGUUGUGUCUCUAGCCUAUGUACCUCAUAAUCCUAGCUCAACUUUAGGGGCUGCCGGAAUCUUAGCAGGAACUCUUAGGAACUGUUAUUUUAUCUAUAAUGCUAAUUUAUCCGAGUUUGUGCCUUACCAAAUACAACUGCCAGAAGGUUCCCUCACUUCUAUGUCAUUCGACCCUUUAUCAAGACAUUGCCUUUUUAGCUAUAGGCCCUCACAAUCAAUCCCAAGAACUAGGCAUAUGGUAUGUGAGCUAUCGUUGCAAGAAAAUGUUGAUGGACGUUCUUGCGAAAGUAAAGUGUUACAUUCCUUUUACGGUAGUAAUGUUCACAGAUUAUUGUCUCGUUCUAUGCUUUACCCUCAUCCUGGAGUUCCAGGCAAAUCGAUCGUUUGUGCUGGGGAUGAAUCAACUAAAACGGUCAAGUUAUGGAGUACAGAAUCUGGUGCUGAAGUACAAACGUUACCACCACUAACCUCACCUCCGUUAGACUUUACCGUUGUACCCGUCCCAGGCAAUGUUCACUAUUUGGGUACACUUACAGAUCAUAAUAUCAUUUACUAUCAAUGGCAGUAG